AUGAGUCAAUUAUUUAUUGACGAAGAAGAAGAGUUGGAUACCAGAAGAGGUUAUAAACCAUCAACCACAACCAUAAAAGAAGAAGAUAAUAGUGAAGAUGAAGAAAUGUCAUUUGAUGAUAGAUUAAGACAAGAUUCAAUAAAUCUACCUCAAAAUACAUUCCAAUCACCACCAUCAAUAAAAGAAGAAGAAGAAGAAGAGGAAGAAGAACAAAAAGAAGAACAAGAAGAAGAAGACGACCCAAUAAUAGAAUCAAUCCCACUUGUUGUUAACCAAAUGCCAAACAACAAAAAUCAAUCAUUACAUUUAUUUCAAUAUCCAGGAAGACCUAAAACUAGACCAUUAAAAAACCAACAAAUACUAUCACUUAUAAAACCACAAUCACAGUACCUUGAGUUGAAAUUACCAUUGAAUCCAACUAAAUUCUUUGAUGCAACCAAAAUAGAAGAAUGGGGAGAAAAUAUCAAUUUACAAAGUAUAUCAGGAGUAUUAGAUCCAUUGACAUCAGGAAAUUACGCAGGUAAAAUAAUAGACGAUCCAAUAUUAGGUCGUAAAAUCAUCCUAAUCCCUAUAAAUUCAAGUGUUCAAUUAAGACCCACAUUUAAAUACAUAGAUGAUGUAGAUAAGGAGAAUUUACAACAACAAAGAAAAAAUAUGAAUAUAGACGAAGGGGAAAAACCAAGUGUACAAAUCUUACAAACUGCUGCAAAACAUUCUACAAAUAAUCAAGAUGGAUAUAGUCAUUCAUUAGGUGAUUCUUUAAAAUCUAUAAAAAAAUUUGAUGAAGAAGAAUGGAAAUUUUUAAGUUUUAAACUGAAUUCUGAAGAUCAACAAAUUACAAAUUUAAAAAAUCAAUUAAUCAAUGAUGCUGAUGGGAUUAUAUUGGAAUCUCAAACUACUUAUGAUGAAUAUAUAGAUCAUUUAUAUAAUUAA